UAUCAGACAGAGAGAGAGAGAGAGAGAGAGAGAGAGAGAGAGAGAGAGACCCUGUUGUUAGGGUUAAGAGCAUAAAUAUAUACCAGUUCUCUUGGGUUUUGUCUGAAAUUUCCAUCUAAGGUUGCUAUUAAACUCGUGUGUGUGUUGCUGAGCUUUUCUUAAUAGACAUAAGAGCCAACUGUGUUCGAGAGAGAAAGGCAUGUUAGAGAACAUGGCCUCACAAGAAGUGAUCGCAAAUGGCUUUGCUCAUCAGAACCCAAGUAUUCCUGGAUCCAAUCCACCACCACCUUCCGCCACCAAGAAGAAGAGAAAUCUCCCAGGAACUCCAGAUCCAGAAGCCGAAGUCAUAGCUCUCUCUCCGAAGACCCUAAUGGCGACGAACCGGUUUUUGUGUGAAAUAUGCGGAAAGGGGUUUCAGAGGGACCAGAACCUGCAGCUCCACCGGCGAGGGCACAACCUGCCGUGGAAGCUGAAGCAGCGAAGCACCAAGGAGCCCAGAAAGCGCGUGUACGUCUGCCCUGAGAAGACGUGUGUCCACAACCACCCGUCGAGGGCGCUCGGGGACCUGACCGGGAUCAAGAAGCACUUUUGCAGGAAGCACGGAGAGAAGAAGUGGAAGUGCGAGAAGUGCGAGAAGCGGUACGCGGUUCAGUCGGACUGGAAGGCGCACUCCAAGACCUGUGGCACCAGAGAGUAUCGAUGUGACUGCGGUACUCUUUUUUCGAGGCGAGACAGCUUCAUUACCCACAGAGCGUUCUGCGACGCGUUGGCGGAGGAGACGGCGAGAGUCAAUGCGGCCUCCACCAUUCACCCAACGGCCGCCUACCACUUCAUGGGCACUUCGCUCCUGCCUCCAAACCUCCCACCGAACUUAUCUUCCAUCUUCAAGCCAAUCUCAAGCAACAUGAGCACCGAGCCCAUGAUCAAUCACCAACCGAGAAAUGGUGGGGGGCUUUCUCUAUGGAUGGGUCAAACCUCUCAACCCCAAGAAUCAUCGCUGGGCAUCAAUUUGCAAGAGAUUCACCAACUUGGGUCUCUAAAUGAUCCCUCAGCAACGCAUUUGUAUGCCGACAACACAUGCCCAACCAACAACCCUCCGCCGUCGGAUCACAACCUGAGCGGCUGGGUCUUCGGAAGCAGGUUCUCAUCAAGCACUGCCUGUGAGGACAUCAGCAUAAACACUCCUUCACUCCACCACAUGAAGGAAGGUCAAAAUCACCAUCAUCAUCAGAACAACAUCCUAAGCGUCCCUUCACUUUACAGCACUCAGCAUCAGCAACCAGCUUCAUCUCCCGCGAACAUGUCCGCGACAGCUCUCUUACAGAAGGCGGCGCAGAUGGGCGCGGCCACCGAGCCAUCUUUCCUGGGGAGCUUUGGGUUGAAGCCCAGCGAUAAUAAUGGUCAACAACCUCAGGAUCAAGAUAAUAAGUUUUGUGGGCUUUUUGGGUCAAGCCAAAUGCCAAGCUCUGACACUGCAGAGAACAUAACACUAAGCACAAUGCAAGCAUACCCACCACCUGCGAAGCGCAGGAACAUCACUCAGAGCGAUGAUAACAAUGCUUCUUCUGGAGGUGGGCAAACGAGGGAUUUCUUGGGUGUGGGCGUGCACACCAUGUGUAACCCUCCAUCCAUCAAUGGUUGGAUCUGACGAUGAUGAUGAUGGGUGAUGGGUGAUGGUGAUGGUGAUGGUGAUGGUGACGAUGAUCAUGAACAGUGUUCUUUCUCUUUUACAUGUGCUCAUACAAGCCAAUUUGAUAAAAAAAAGUUGAGAGUUUCUGGAGGGAAAGUUGGAAACUUUACAAUGGGGGGAAGAGAGAGAAAGAUAGAGAGAGAGAGGGGCAAGAAAAAAAAGUUGGCAUAUUUGAGUGCUGAUGAAUUUGCCCUUAAAAGUUUGGUGUGUUGAGACAGGGACCUUAUGGAGGGUCGAAGGAGAUAUCCAUGCAUAUUCUCUCUCACCUCUUCAAAAGUCGAUCAUUUCAUUUUAAAAACAAAUUUAAAAAGUGGUGGCUUUAAAUAGCGUUGUUUUGAGGGAGGUGGGGAAAUUAGUGGGAGACCAAAGAGGAGCAUCACUUUUUAGCUCCAUUAUUGCAAUAUAGUUUCAUCUCCUUGUUUGUCUCGUCAAGGGAAAAAAAAAUGUGAGAGUGAGACGAAUCUAAAGAAUGUUUCAGUGGAAACAAAGGCUUGAUCCUAGUACAAAGCAUAGGGCCCGAAGCCAACUGGUGGUACUAAUUAUAGCCUUUUUCAUAUCACUAAAACCAUGCAUGCAAGCUUAAUUUAUGUUUAUGUGAGUAAAGGAUUAGAUGGAGUUGGUACAUGCAAGCACUUGCAGGCGGGGACAGUUCAUCUGUGCUGCUUUUUUUCUGUAUAUAAACGUGUUAAUCUGCUGCUCUUUUUUUUCCUUUAGUUCUUCACUACGUUCUUGUCUAACUCUCUGCCUGUAAUGAAGUUAUGGUGCAAAUGUUUAAGGUUAUCGGUGCUAAA